AUGACCUUCCGUAAAGCAGGCAUUGGAAGGAGAUGGCGCGGACAUGUAGUUAUGAGAGGGGGUUUAGUGUUGGAAAAUAGGUUGGAACCAUUGAUUGAUGACACUGGUGCCAUGCAUAUGGCUAACUUAACUAGGCUUAAUGGUGAGGCUCAUUUAUACGUUGUACAUGUUGUUUCUGAGCCUGAAGUGAUACAUAUGCUUGAAUAUAUUACUAAUGAUGAAGGACAAGUUGAAGGUCAUGGUGAAGUACAAAAAGAGUUGCAUGGGGGUGAAGAAGAUGGUGAUGGUGUUGAAGUAAAGGGUGAAGGUGAUGGUGACGUGCAAGAGGUGCAUGAGGGUGAAGAAGAUGGUCAUGGUGUUGAAGUUGAAGGUGAUGGUGAUGAUGAUGUAGAGCAAGAGUUGCAUGUGUGUGAAGGAGUUGUGGAGGAGGAAGUUGAUCUUCAUGUUAAUGUGGAAGUAGAAGUAGAAAGUCUUUCUGAAAGUUCAGACAACAACUUUGAUGAUGAUGACAGAGGUUUGUCAGAUGAAGAGUGGAAAUAUGAGGAAUUACUUAGUGCAACAGAUAAUGAUGAAUAA